CUGGGCAUGCAACGUCGGCUCCCACCGCCUUCCUCCUCCGUCCUCCAGCCGGCCGAGCGGAUCCCUCUGGGGCGCGGGGAGAUUCCUGCUCGCCAGCCCCAGGGUCCAUCUUUCGGACUUAAUAUUACAACUGGUAGUGCAGGUGGUGGGGUGGAAAUAAAAGCUGCUUCCCCCCCCCCCCGGAUUUAUUUCAUGGGGAUGUGUUCAAGACAAGAGAGGAUUCAGAAGGAUAUUGACGUUGUGAUCCAAAAGUGCAAGGCGGAGAAGGACUGCCUGUUUGCAGAUUUCAGGUACUCAGACUCCACCUUUACCUUCACCUAUAUUGGAGGCUCCAAAAGUGUAUCCUAUUCAGUGCAUGUCUCUGAGGAUUACCCAGAUAACACUUAUGUUUCCAUUUCGGAUAAUGAUGAAGAUGUGGUAGUUACAACAGAGCCAAUUCCAGUAAUUUUCGACCAAAUUGCUACAGAAUUAAGAAAAACCAGUGAUGUCAACUAUUGCUUAUCCAUAAAAUCAAAAUUACAGAGGGAGAAUGGAGAGGAGUCACAGCACAACACCACAGUUGAAGAUGACUCUGAAGGAGAUAAUGAUUCUGAGGAAUUUUAUUAUGGAGGACAGGUUAGCUAUGAUGGAGAACUUCACAAGCAUCCACAGCUGGAAGCUGAUUUGACAGCAGUAAGAGAGAUCUAUGGACCUAAUGCAGUAUCUCUCAGGGAAUAUGGAGCCAUUGAUGAUGUAGAUAUUGAUCUGCAUAUUGAUGUUAGCUUUCUUGAUGAAGAAAUUGCUGUGGCUUGGGAUGUAAUUCACACAGAGCCUAUAAUAGUGCGAUUGCACUGUUCACUUACACAAUACUUAAAUGGUCCAGUUCCAACUGUGGAUGUAUUUCAGAUCUCUACUAAAGAGAGAUUUGGGCUGGGACAUCAGCUGAAAAAAAUCAUACAGACAUUUGUUACACAACAGUGGAAGAAAAGCAAAGAGAAAUCUAAUUGUACUCACAAUAAGAAGGUGUCUGACAAAAAGGUGAAAUCCCCUCUGCACAUCUUUUCUACAUUGCGCAGGUCACCAAGUUAUCCUCCACCUGGCUGUGGUAAAAAUAAAUCAAAACUGAAGUCAGAACAGGAUGGGAUCUCCAAAACUCACAAGCUACUCAGAAGGACUUACUCUAGCACAGUUAAGGCAGAGGAUAUGUGUGCCACAAAAUCUCACAGAACCUUUGGCCGCUUGUUACUGAGUGACCCUAGGGCUGAACAGACAAUAGCUAUUAAAUCACACAAACUGUUAAACCAUUCUUGCUCUGCAGCCAUCAAGCGGGAGGAGUGCAUCACUUUAAAGCCUCAUAAGCUAUUAAGUAGGUCGUGUUCUGGGGGCCCUCGAUGUGAGCACAAGAGCACCUUGAAACCCCACAAACUUUUAAGCAGGUCCUACUCCAGUAAUCUUAGAAUGGAAGAAUUGGAUGGAUUGAAGAAUCACAAGUUACUCAGCAAGACUUACUCCAAUGCCCCUAAAUCAUCCAAAAUGGAGCCUUUCAAGGAGUCCACCGUAGCAGAGGGCAGGAGUCUCUCUCUUACCUCAGGGCUUAUUGGUAUCUUAACACCAUCUUCAUCGUCACCUUCACAAGCUGCUCAAAAUUAUGGUGCAAGAUGCAUUCUGGUACAAGAUCGUGGCUUUCUUGUGCAGACUAUUGAAUUUGCUGAGCAGCGUAUACCAGUAUUGAAUGAAUACUGUGUAGUUUGUGAUGAACCCCAUGUGUUCCAGAAUGGUCCUAUGCUGAGGCCCACUGUUUGUGAACGGGAGCUCUGUGUAUUUGCUUUCCAAACAUUAGGAGUCAUGAAUGAAGCUGCUGAUGAAAUUGCAACUGGGGCUCAGGUGGUUGAUCUAUUAGUAUCCAUGUGUCGGUCUGCAUUAGAGUCACCUAGGAAAGUUGUCAUUUUUGAGCCAUAUCCUUCUGUAGUUGAUCCUAAUGAUCCUCAGAUGCUGGCCUUUAAUCCCAGGAAGAAGAAUUAUGAACGAGUCAUGAAAGCAUUGGAUAGUAUCACUUCUAUUAGAGAGAUGACACAGGCACCUUACUUGGAAAUAAAGAAGCAGAUGGAUAAACAAGACCCGCUUGCACAUCCUCUUCUACAGUGGGUUAUUUCUAGUAAUAGAUCACAUAUUGUGAAGCUACCAGUGAAUAGGCAACUCAAGUUUAUGCACACUCCCCACCAGUUCCUACUUCUCAGUAGUCCACCAGCCAAAGAAUCCAAUUUCCGAGCUGCUAAAAAUCUCUAUGGAAGUACCUUUGCAUUUCAUGGUUCACACAUUGAAAAUUGGCAUUCCAUCCUGAGGAACGGUUUAGUUGUUGCUUCCAAUACAAGGCUGCAGCUCCAUGGUGCAAUGUUUGGAAGUGGAAUCUACCUUAGUCCAUUGUCAAGCAUAUCAUUUGGUUACUCAGGGAUGAACAAGAAGCAGCAGAAAGUGUCAGCUAAAGAUGAACCAGCUUCAGGCAGUAAGGGCAGUAAUACAUCACAGACACAGAAGAAAGGACAACAGUCACAAUUUUUGCAAAGCCGUAACUUAAAAUGCAUAGCCUUAUGUGAAGUGAUAACUUCAUCCGAUCUGCACAAGCAUGGAGAGAUAUGGGUAGUUCCCAAUACGGAUCAUGUGUGUACAAGAUUUUUCUUUGUUUAUGAAGAUGGUCAAGUGGGUGAUACAAGUAUAAAUACACAGGAACCAAGCAUUCAUAAAGAGAUUCUUCGAGUCAUUGGCAAUCAAACUGCUACUGGUUAAAAAGGCCACUCUUAUUUAAUUGAUGUGAAUUCGAAGCCUUCCUCUGUCUCAAAGCUGGAUUUUGAACUGAAGAAGAUGCAAAAACUAAUUUAUUGUUAUUAUUCUAAGCAAAUUAACCCUUUGAAUACUUAAUGCUUUCUUACUUGGUAUUUCUUAUCUCAUCAAAAUACCUGAGAUGGUAUGAAUUAGCAACUGUAGGGGUGCAAAGUCUAUUAAUAUACUACACUAAUAAUAAUUAAACAGGCAUUUGGAUUGUUCACAAUAAACAGACUUUAAAAAGGA